CGUUUUUCAUUUUCAACGUAGAAAAAUACUGUAUCUGACUCUCUCUCUCUCUCUCUCUCCUCAGCUGUUACUCUUUCUUUCUCUCUCAUUGGCUUCUUCCAUUUCAAUCAUCACCAUCAAUUUUCGGUUUCUGAUACACAGAAAAAAGAACCAAAAAUACGUAGAUACGCUGUCGGAUUGGUGGGAAUACAUAUAUAUAUAGAUAUAUCAUUUUUUGGCAAACAGUCUUCUCUCAGUCUGAUUUGGCGUCCAAUUAGAUACAGAGAGUGAUGAAGAGGUACAGAAAUGGCGAAAUCUGGGAUUUCGAGCACGAAAUGCCGGUGGUGGCCGUAGGCAGCAGGGAUGUCAUUUUGGGAUUGGAUGGUGGAACAACCUCCACCGUCUGCAUUUGCAUGCCAAUGAUCCCCUUUUCCGACCCUCUUCCCGAGCCCCCUCCGGUUCUCGCUCGUGCUGUCGCCGGUUGUUCCAACCACAAUAGCGUCGGCGAAGCUGCUGCUAGGGAAACAUUGGAGCUAGUUAUGGCAGAUGCGCUUUCAAAAUCAGGUUCAAACCGAUAUGCAGUUCGAGCUGUUUGUCUAGCUGUAUCUGGAGUUAACCAUCCAACGGAUCAACAGAGAAUAUUAAAUUGGCUUAGGGAUAUAUUCCCCAGCCACGUAGGGCUAUAUGUUCAAAAUGAUGCUGUGGCAGCUCUAGCAAGUGGGACUUUGGGAAAGCUUCACGGAUGUGUUUUAAUUGCUGGCACAGGGACUAUUGCAUAUGGAUUCACAGAAGAUGGUAGAGAAGCAAGGGCUGCUGGUGCAGGGCCUGUCUUAGGUGACUGGGGAAGUGGAUAUGGAAUAGCAGCUCAGGCAUUAACUGCAGUGAUAAAGGCCUAUGAUGGUCGUGGUCCACUUACGCUACUUACAUCUAGUAUUUUAAAAAGGCUUGGCCUGUCUUCUCCAGAUGAACUCAUCGGGUGGACCUAUGCUGAUCCAUCUUGGGCUCGCAUUGCAGCACUUGUCCCAGUCGUCAUAUCUUGUGCAGAGGCUGGUGAUGAGGUUGCAAACAGGAUUUUGUAUGAUUCAGUCCUGGAGUUGGCUUCAAGUGUGAAAGCUGUUGUUCAAAGACUUGGCUUGUGUGGUGAAGAUGGAAAUGGUAAAUUUCCCCUUGUCAUGGUUGGUGGUGUUCUUGAAGCAAAUAGGAGGUGGGAUAUUGGUAAAGAAGUAAUAAAGUGCAUCUCCAAGGACUACCCUGGGGCACUUGCAAUCCGACCUAAGGUGGAGCCUGCAGUGGGGGCAGCAUUGUUAGCUUGGAAUUUUUUCAUGAAAGAAUCUCUCAAGAAAGCUUUAAAAAGCUGACCAUUCUUCUAUAAAUUUCAUCAACUGUAUAGCAGACAACCAACAAAGCGAAAGGGAAACAAGCAGGUUGAAAUUAAAAGUAAUUAUCAAUAUUCUUAUUCACAUAAUAUUAGGUAAUUGUUCUAUGUGAGUGCUUGUUAGGCUCAUUUUUUCAGAUGACUUUAGUAGUUGAUUUCAAAAUGCUGUGUUAGCUUCACGUCGUAAAAGGUCUUCUUGUUCA